AUGUCAAGCCCACAGGACACAGAUCCUUCUCCCACAGGCUCCGGCACCACCUCCCAUUUUCCGCCUGGGCCUCGACAGACCACUGUAUCCAUGUUCACUGGCCGCCCCGCUCUGGCUCACCAUGAAAACCUCACGACGAACGAACCAGACCGCCCACCUGUCUCAAGGUCCGGGGCCCGAACUCCUGGGGAAGGGCGAAUUAGCUCGUCAUUCACGGCGAGAGAGGCGCCUGUGUCUAUGUUCACUGGCAGAGGAGAUCAUGCCACAUCCCCUCCAAGAGCCUCCAAUGAUCCCUCGGACGCCUUGAGCCCGGGAUCUAUCGACCGCGUCUUUCCCAUCCGUUCGGCCGUCUCCAUUGACCCAACUGUCACCACCCCCAUGUACCGCAAUGAGUCUUCUGAAGGUUUCCCGGGCCUCAGAAUAGGUGGCGAUAUUGCUGGUCGGAGAGAGUUGAACCGCACUGCCACCGACCGAUCAGCAUCUCCAUCUCCUUCUACGGCUAUCGGCUCUCCGCGGCAGCGCCCAGUCAGUCCAGGAGGACGACGUGAGUCGGCAUCGAUGCAACGCAGAUCUACCGAUCAGACCUUGGACCGGCGUAGGACGUCUCUUUCCACUCAUCGUGACCUGUCUCCAGUAGACAAUCGAGUCAUUACCAACAUGUUGGGAGAUGAAGAGGCAGAUGCCAAUGACGGCAUAUCGAGCAAGUCGGGUACUGCCUCAAAGGCGAGCUCUAUGCGCAACGAAGGUGGCAUCAUGACUGCGCGUUUCAAACAUCUCGUCACCGAUGGCGGCCACUCGGUGAUUACUGGGCGAGACGGCGAGACCUUGCAACGAUGUGAAGACGAGCCCAUUCACAUUCCAGGCGCCAUUCAGGGAUUUGGUCUCCUGAUCGCUUUCAAAGAAGAAAAUGGGAAGCUGGUUGUUCGGGUUGUGAGCGAAAACUCGGCCAAAAUCAUCGGGUAUACCCCUGCUCAACUUUUCAAGCUUGACAACUUUCUCGACAUUUUUACCGAAGAGCAAGCCGACAAUCUUCUUGAUCAUCUCGAUUUUAUUCGUGACGACGAGGCCGCCGAUGUCGUGGCCAAUGGCCCAGAAGUUUUCAUGAUUUCAAUACGGCCACCUCAACAUCGCACUCGAAAAUUGUGGUGCGGCAUCCAUAUGUGCCCGUCGGAUAAAGACCUGGUGGUGUGUGAAUUCGAGAUCGAAGAUGAUCAGGAAAAUCCGCUCGUGCCUUUCGACGAGGGCACGCCAGAACCUCCAGAGGACACUCUCGGCAGCCAGCCGACCGCCGAGGAGCUGGCUGAGAGCACAGUCAAUGCCAGCAAGCCGCUGCGUGUGUUGCGCAGUGCUCGCAAGAAGCGUGGGGAAGCAGCCGCUAUGGAGGUUUUCAACAUCAUGUCUCAAGUGCAAGAGCAGAUGGCCAAUGCACCAAACUUGCAGAUUUUUCUGAAAGUCUUGAUAGGUGUUGUCAAAGAGUUGUCGGGUUUUCACCGAGUCAUGAUCUAUCAAUUCGAUCAGGCGUGGAAUGGAAGAGUUGUCGCAGAACUGGUCGACCCUCGAGCCACGAAGGAUUUGUACAAAGGCCUGAAUUUUCCUGCGUCCGAUAUACCAAAACAGGCGCGAGACCUCUACAAGAUGAACAAGGUCCGCCUUCUAUACGAUCGGGAUCAAGAAACCGCACGCCUGGUGUGCCGCUCUGCUGCCGAUCUUGAGACCCCUCUCGACAUGACUUAUGCCUACCUUCGAGCCAUGUCACCAAUCCACCUGAAGUACCUUGGGAACAUGGCUGUACGGUCAUCCAUGUCCAUCGCUAUUAACGCCUUUGGUGAACUCUGGGGUCUGAUAGCUUGCCAUUCUUACGGUUCCAAGGGCAUGCGAGUAUCGUUCCCUAUUCGCAAGAUGUGUCGGCUUGUUGGCGAUACCGCUUCGCGGAAUAUAGAACGCCUCUCUUACGCUUCCCGGCUACAAGCCAGGAAGUUGAUCAACACCACCUCUUCUUCCGCGAAUCCGGGUGGCUACAUUGUAGCGUCUUCUGAGGACCUCCUGAAACUUUUCGAUGCGGAUUUCGGAGCACUCUCGAUUCGGGAUGAAACCAAGGUCAUGGGCAGCCCUCAAGGCAAUCUUCAGGAAAUCUUAGCCAUGGUAGAAUACUUGCGGCUGAAGAGGCUGAAUGCUGUCAUGACAUCACAGGACAUUGCAACCGAUUUUCCCGAUCUUCGAUACGCUCCAGGUAUGAAGACGCUCGCAGGCGUCCUGUACGUUCCGCUGUCCAACGGUGGCAAUGAUUUUAUUGUCUUCUUUCGCAGAGGCGUUUUGCAGGAGGUGAAGUGGGCUGGCAAUCCCUACGAAAAGUUCAUUAAGGAAGGCACCGAGGGGUACCUCGAGCCUCGCAAAAGUUUCAAAACUUGGAGCGAGACAAUCAUCGGUCGAUGUCGUGACUGGACGGAAGAAGAGGUCGAGACGGCUUCUGUACUCUGUCUGGUCUAUGGCAAGUUCAUUGAGGUUUGGCGCCAGAAAGAGGCCGCACUCCAGAACAGCCAACUCACACGGCUCUUAUUGGCCAAUUCGGCCCACGAGGUUCGAACACCUCUCAACCACAUCAUUAACUACCUCGAGAUUGCACUGGAGGGUGCACUUGACAGCGAGACGCGCGAUAACCUAGCCAAGUCGCACUCUGCCUCCAAAUCACUUGUCUACGUCAUCAACGAUCUACUUGAUCUCACCAAAGCUGAAGGUGGAAAAGACCUGGUCAAAGACGAGCCAUUCGAUUUGAUCGCGACGCUCAAAGAAGCCUCAGACCCAUUCGCUGGGGAUGCACACCGGAAGGGGCUCGAGUAUACCGUCUUCCUCAAUGAAGAUCUCCCCGCUAACGUCAUUGGAGAUACGAGACGAGUCCGCCAAGUGGUGUCCAAUCUCAUUGCGAACGCAGUGCAACAUACGUCGUCUGGUUUUGUGAAGGUUGAAGCGUCCCUGGCCGAGGCUAUGACCCAGCGGGUGGAGAUCGAAAUAGUGGUCGAAGACUCUGGUGCUGGCAUGUCGCAGAAGAAAGUGGACGCUCUCUUCCGAGAAUUGGAAGAAGUCUCGUACGAGCUCGAUGUAAGUGAUACGAAGAUGCUCGAGAAUGAUCCUUUCACGGAUGCGGAAAGUGCCGACCUCCCUGCCCUCGGCCUCGGCCUAGCCGUUGUCGCACGUACGAUACGCACCAUGAAUGGCCAGUUGCGCCUCAAGACAGAAGUAGGUAAAGGCUCCCGCUUUGUCAUUCAGCUUGGCUUCGCAGAGCAGAUGCUGCAGAUACAGGGUCCCAAAACUCCCUCGCUGAGGAAAGCGCCCUCAUUGUCCUCGUCAAGUCCAGGCAAGCUUUUGGGUCAACCAGUCGAGGGUGAGGUCACUUUGAUCAACCGUGCUCAGUCUCCACGACGACCAUCAGAGGCCGUGGUUCGGCGGUACAGUGCUGAUAGCGUCAAGAGCACAAACAGUAAAACCAGCUUGAAAAGUCAAAAGAGUCACAGGAGUGCUGCCAGUGUACACAGCAACACCAGUCAGAAGAGCGAUGCGGAUAGACUCAUUGACGCCAUUCAGCAGCCUCUUCACCUGAGAGACGGCGAGGAAGGCACCACCAGUCCUCGAUCAGAAACUCCUGGAAAGCAUGGUUCCCGAGUGUCGCAGUCGUAUCCAUUGCCCGACGGCACGAGUCCCACUGGGCCGCCGCGGCCGAGCAGCCUGGGCUCUGCAAGAGAGCUGAAAUCGUCCAUGGUUCGAGUGCCUGGCCAAGAAAAGGUUACCGACUCCGGUGUACCAGUCAGAGCUGUGCGAUUGCCCGAGGAGGCAAUGCAGAAACCAUCGGAUAGAUCACGACCGUCUAGUUCAAGAGUGAUGUUUGAAGAUCAAACCAGGAUGGUGCAGUCACCGGAGCCACAACCAGAUCCCAUCGCUGUGGACAAAUACCACGUUCUCGUGGCAGAAGAUGAUCCCAUCAACAGCAAAAUAAUGAAGAAGAGGCUAGAAAAACUCGGUCACCAAGCGUACAUGACUGUCAAUGGUGAAGACUGUGCUUCGGCGCAUGGAGAACAAGCCUCGUCUUUUGAUGCCGUUUUGAUGGAUCUUCAGAUGCCCAUAGUGGACGGCCACAGUUCCACCAAGAUGAUUCGAUCAUUCGAGAAGACCCAUCCCGGUGGAUGUCUUUCUCAGCGCGCCCAGUGCAAUCGCCGAAUCCCAAUUUUUGCUGUAUCUGCAUCUCUCGUGGAGAAGGACCGACAAAAGUACAUCAAUAUAGGGUUCGACGGGUGGAUAUUAAAGCCUGUGGACUUCAAACGUGUUGAUCAGCUGCUUAAGGGCAUAGUUGAUGAUGACAUACGCAACAACUGUUUGUACGAGCCUGGUAAAUGGGAACAAGGAGGAUGGUUCAUGCACAAGGACGACAGGGACGACGCCUUUUCUGUGGAUACACACCCAAGUCAGCACAACCCGACGCAAGAGACAGAGGAUGCACAACAGGAAGGCCGAACAAGUGAAUCUGGCGAUGUCGACAACGAGGCUAGUCCAGCGGGAAGCAUCACCCCGAAGCCUGACUCGGCGACAAUCGCGCCCGGGCAGGAGUAG